UUUUAGGGUAAAGAAGAGAGGUGGUAUGUGGUGGUAUGCGCUUAUGCGCUUCUUGCAUUCGACACUUUAGGAAUUAUUCAAAACCGUAACGAUAUUGGAUCGAAAGUCGAUGGCAACAAAAGGAAAUUGUAUAUUUAUGUAAACAACAUAAAACCAACUGACAAUAUAUACCAAUAGUUGCAUAUCGUAGUGUAGUCAUUUGAUAAUAUUAAAUUUGUAUUCGUUACUCGAAAAAUGUAUUUCCCUCUUGAAAUAUGGGAACAUAUAUUUUUGUAUGCCGAUCCAGUGGUGCUCACAAAUUUGAAAACAGUUUGUAAGGAUUGGAAUGAAAUUAUCGCUAAGAUCUUAAAGGACAAUGACCACUGGCAUAAACUAUGUAAAAAAGAAAUACCAAACCAUUUAUGGAGCACUUUGUGCGAGACAUUGAAUCCAAAGAAGUUUUAUAAUGAAUUUGAUGGAAAACAUGAUGCCAUGAUGUGGAUGGCAAUGUACAAACUCUGGUUUAAAUCUAAAAAUGUAGUACAAUGGAGCACACAAAGCAAGUAUAUCGAACCAUUAUUGAAGCAAAGUCCUGUGGAAAGCAUUACAUGCAUGGAUACCUCAGGAAAUUUGUUAGCUGUUGGAACAAGCGAGGGAUAUAUUUAUUUUUAUAAUAUUAGCAGAUUAUAUGAAGGCUCUAUAUAUACAGCCGAUCAUAUGGAAUAUGUACAUAGCGUACAGUUUAUAAGAGAUGAAACAAAUAUCGUAUGCAUAUCUUGCUCCAUCAAUAAUCACAUAAGUUUCUGGGAUGUCAAGUCUAAAAAAUUAAUCGGUAAAACACGUGGAGAAUUAAUUUGUACAAGUUACAGUUAUUGUUAUACUGCUAUGCAUAAUGCCAUAGUCACAGAAGGAUCAAUACCUAGAACAGUAUAUGAAUUUAAUACAAACAAGAUUAUUGCUGUCGGUGCAGAUAAUAAUAAGGUACAUUUUUAUACGGAGGAAGGACACUUUGUACAUUUAAAGUUGGACACAGGCAAAGAGAUCUAUGUAACAUGGACAUGCGUCCCAUUACCGAAUAUAAAAGUUCGUCGAUACUACAUAUUUAAACCUCAUAUGGCAGUCUGUAUCACAGAAAAUGGCUAUAUAGGUUUUUUACACGAUAAAGAAUGGAAACUCCAUAAUUUAUUCCCAAUUUUACAUGGUACUCCUACUACAGUUUUAGUGUACGCUCAUCUACUUAUCGUAGGCUUAAAUUCAGGAAAUGUUCAUGUAUAUUACAUAAAAGAUUUUGAAACGAUAAAUUUCAAUACUAUGGACUCAAAAAAAUUAACUUUUGAUACCACUGCCGUUAUAUCAUUGAAUAUAAUGGUCCAUAUUGAAGAAUUUUUAAUUGUUUCUUAUGGGACAAAAAUCUACAUUACCAAAUUUACUUGAUAGAUGUUUUUUCUUAAUAAGAAUAUGUACAUAUUGUUUAAUUUUAAAAGAUAUAAACUAUUAUAUAUAAAAUUUGUUUCGUAGGAUACAUUUAGUACCAAAAUUAUUAUUAAAUAAAUAUAUUUAUUAUAAAACUUA